AGAGAGAUCAGAGAAUGCAAUAUAUAUCUUCUUAGCACGUCUGUUGCCUGUGUCUCGGUUUUACGGCUACCCGUCCCUCGAAGACUUUCUUCAGUUCCUGUAGAAAGGAGGUGUAAAGAAAACUCUACAAAAUGUCUGACAAGCGACUGUCGAGCAGUAAGAAACACAGCCUGAAGAGCAUGAUGCUCCAGGUUGCAAAAGAUUUACUGGAAGCUGAGGCUGUUGAGAAGAAGGAGGAGAGGAAGAGAUACAUGGAAGAACAUUGUCCUGAAUUUUCAUGCCCAAACUCCAAACAGGAACUAGAGGAGUUCUGCAGAGAAUUACAUGAAAAAAUUGAAGUGAUUGAUGAGGAAAGAUAUGUUCUUGAGCACAAAGCCACCAUGGUUGUCAAUGAGGUCAAAGACUUAAACAUAAAGAUCGUCGACCUGAAGGGCAAGUUCAAGAAGCCUCCUUUGAAGAAAGUGCGCAUGUCUGCUGACGCUAUGCUUCAGGCUCUGCUGGGAUCCAAACACAAGGUCUCUAUGGAUCUGAGGGCCAACCUCAAACAAGUCAAGAAGGAGGUCAAAGAGGAGAAUAAAGAUUUGCGUGAUGUUGGUGACUGGCGAAAGAAUAUUGAGGAUAAAACUGGCAUGGGCGGCAGGAAGAAGAUGUUUGAAUCUGAAGCUUAAAUCAUUAACUUUUUCUGAAUUAAUUCUGAAAUAUUUCACUCAGAAGUGAUAAUUCUGUCAUCAUUUACUCACUUGUUCCAAACCUGUAUGAUUUUGUUUGAAUGAGAUGACCCAAUUGGGUCACAGGAACAACCUACUUCUAUAGAAUGAAAAUAAUACUAUGAAGAUCCGUGGUUACCAUAUACGUUUUGUUUUUGCAUCUUUUGUGUGUGUGUGUGUGUGUGUGUGUGUGUAGUUAUAAAUGAAGUUUGCUUAUAAACUAAUUUCGAGAGGAUCACAUGCUUAUGAUUGACCAUGGCUGGUCCCGCAUUAGCUAUUUUACCAAUCAGAUUGAUCCAAACGCACAUUAAUAACCAGAUUUCCUUACCUUGGUCAUCUUCACCUUGAAGAAUCCCGCCAUCCACCCCUACUUCUCCUCCUCUUUCCAAGAUUAAUCCAGGACAGGGCAGCUCAGUGGUUAGCACUGAUACCUCACAUCAAGAAGGUGGCUUGUUCGAGUCCCAGCUAGUUGGUGUUUCUAAGUGGAGUUUACAUGUUCUCCACAUGCUCACGUAGGUUUCCCCCGGGUACUCCGGUUUCCUCCCACAGUCCAGAGACGUGCAGUAUAAGUGAAAUUGAUAAACCAAAUUGGCACAGUAUAUGAGUGUUUUAGUACUGGGCAUUCACCGCAUAACCAAUAUGCUGGUAUAGUUGGCGGUUCAUUCCACGUGGCAACCCCUAAUAAUCAAGGAAUAGGUCGAGUGGACAAAUUCGAGGGAGCUCUCGAGACCUACCUGAGCAAAGACUCCCCUCUCUCCCGAUGAAACGGGAGGGAGCACCAGGCUCAAGGAUCUUCUGAGCUCAUAGCUCUCUCCCGGGACAACAUGCCAAACACACUUUAUUAUCAAUGAUCCGCUAAGUGUGAACUUUUGAAACAAAAACAUACAGGUUUUUAACAACUUGAGAUUGAAUACAUAAUGACAGUGUUCACUUUGACUGUUCUGCAGAAAAUGGACUGUUUAAUUUACAAUCAGUAAACACUUAAAAUGAAAGGUUCAGUUUGUAAUUCUCAAUAGAUUAACUGUUUGUCAAGGUGACUUUUCUAAAUAAACAACUCAACUGUAAA